AUGCGUUCGUUUUACAUUCUUAUACCGACUCUUACGGUCGUCAACAUGGGCCUAGCCAUCCCGCAUCAACGGAUUGGCCUUCAACACAGGCGCCAGGUUCAUGCAGCUGAUUUUGCGGCUGCUACGCCUCCUGCUCUGGUCCAAACCCCCGACGUCGCUGACGCCAGCAAGGCGGCCCAGAUCCUUAAUAGACGAGGACUUUUCGGCAGCGAUGGCGUCUUGAAGAACUUCUUCAGUGGUCAUUCUUCCUCUUCGGACACUUCUACAUCCUCGAACCCGGUUUCAGACGACGUGGACUCCCAGCUAUCUUCUCUGGGAGCGAACACCAACAGUGUUACUACUGGCUCCAAAGGCGCUGAUGUCGUCCUCGGACAAGGAAGUACCGGUGGUACCUUUGGCCAGAAUGGUGUGGUUCUCCCAGUUUCGCCGUUCUCGUCGCCAUCCCUCCCCGUCAAGGCUCCGAAUACUGGGACCAUAGGUCUUCCAGUCAGCCCUGCGGCGGGCAAUUCUGGUUCUACUGCCUCAACCAUCGAAAGUUCCCUCACAGGCAGCGCUAAUUCAGGUGUUGACUCUCUCCCCGCUGGCUCUCUUCCCAAUGCUGGAUCUCUUCCGUUGAACGCCGGUUCAACCGCCGCGGGUUCUAUUCCUGUCAGCCCUGCUUCAGGUGGAGCUGUCCUUCCCGGCAGCUCUCUCCCUGUCUCCGGCGCCGGGAGUCUCCCUCUCAACGCUGGCGGCGCAGUGUCUGGAAGCCCCAUCCCUAUUAGCCCUGCUUCGGGUGGAGUCAUCCUCCCAGGUAACCUUGAUUCCAAUGGGUAUCCCCUUCCUGUCGGCUCGCUUCCCAACACUGGAGCCGCCGGUCCGUCGACCAGCGUCAUUGGUUCGGGCUCCCUCCCUGUGAACCUUGAUUCCAAUGGAAAUCCCCUCCCAGUCGGCUCUGCACCAGGUACAGCAUCGCUGCCAUUCAACGCUGGCUCCUCCGUGCCUAUUAACCCCGUGUCUGGAGGUGUAUCUACGAGCGUCUCUCCAGGUUCAGGCGCCUUCCCGGUGAACCUUGAUUCGAACGGCAACCCUCUUCCUGUCGGCUCUGUUCCUAACACAAGCUCUCUUCCUUUCAAUGUUGGUUCGUCCGUUCCAAUCAACCCUGCUUCUGGUGGAGUCUCGUUGCCCGGAAACUUGGAUGCCAACGGAAAUCCUCUUCCUAUCGGAUCUGUCCCCGCCGCAGGAUCGAUCCCGCUCAGCGCCAGCACAACCACCACGGGUAGCUUCUCUCCUGGUUCAGGCUCUCUCCCUGCGAGCCUCGAUUCUAAUGGAAAUCCCUUGCCUGUCAGCUCUAUUCCCAAUGCAGGACCUCUUCCCCUCAACGCGGGGUCGACCACAGGUUCUCUUCCAAUCAAUCCGGGCGCGUAUACCGGCUCUCUUCCCGUCAACGCUGAUUCGGGCGCGAACACUCUGCCUCAGGCCAUUGGGUCAGAUCUUACCACAGGCUCUCUCCCCCUAGGCGACGGAAGCUCUAACGCUGGAUCCCUUCCAGUCAGUACUGGUGCCUUUGGUCCCCUUCCCGUGUCCCCCGGCUCCCUCCCGAAUGGUUCGAUCAGCUCUGGCUCCACUUCAUCCACCAGUGUAUCUUCAGGUUCGAUUCCUGUACCCGGUUCCAAUGGAGGAGUUGUUCUUCCUGGAAACGCAGGUAAUACCAUCGUAUCCGACGUCAACGGCGCAGGCUCCACCGCAAACUCGAUCCCCGUGUUCUCUGGAUCGACAGGGGUGUCGCCGGCUCCCAUUGCUAUCCCUGGGUCUAACGUCGGUGUAGUCCCAGGCAACACGGUUGGAACGGGAGCGUCCUCUAAUGCAGGGACCGGCGGUAGCCCCAAUGUCAUUGCCAGUUUCCCAGGUACCUCCUUGCCCUAUACGAAUGGAUUCAACCCUUCAGGCAACUCUGGCGCCAUUGUUGCUCCCAUUCCCAUUCCCAGUGGCAACGCCAACUCGAACAUUCUCAAUGACGGGUACACUCCCUCCCUUCCUGUUCCUGUCGCUUCCAACGGAGGGAACCCUCUUGACAAUUUCGACUUUGACUUGUCAAAGGAUCCCAAGUCACCACUCGGCGCACCUACCCUUACGUCCACCCUCGAUCACCAGGCCGACUCGAAGGCUGCAGGGAUCAGCCUACCUGUUUCCCCUUCAGAUACCAUAGACAAGACGUCCACGAUCGUGACGAACAAGAAGCCAGUUCCCGCUGUUACCGACAAGAGCGAUAUGGAUGUGAGCGUCGGAAACGAUCAUGACGGUAGCACGACGGAUCAUGGUGUCGGUGUCCAUGAUUCCGAGUCUUCCAGUGACAUCCUCUCCAAGUUCUUCGGCUGGUUUGGCGGCUCAAAAUCCCCAGCAAGCUCGGUCUUACCUUCGACCGGCUCUGGCGAUGGCUGGAGCUCUGUCGCUGACGAUCUGCCCGUUGACAUCACCGCUGUCACUGGAGACGACACCACAUCCGGAGCGCUUCCUGUUGACAUCGAGGACCUUGGGUUGGACAUCACUUCUCUACCCACUGACUCGGACCUUCCUUCCGUUCCUGUCGACCUCUCUGGCCUCCCCGUUGAUGUCUCCGGCAUUACCGGAGAACCCAGCGAUUCCGAUUCUGAAUCCACCGACGCAACCUUGCCGAUUGGCAUCGUCCCUGUCCUGGAUUCCGACUACAGCGAGGACGAGUCUGACUCGGACACCAAACACUGGGGCUCUCCUCUCAACCUUGGCAAAGAUUUGUUGGAUGGGGAAACCUGGGUGGAGGAUUCUGAAAAGGACGAUCAAGAUUCCCAUGAGGACUGGACCAAUUCCGUGUCUAAACUCCUUGACCGAAGGUCCCGUUUCUUUGCGUCUUUGAACUGA